AUGCUAAUGUCCUGCAGACCAGACAAAAAACCAACACACCCGCUUCACCCGCGCUCUGCCAUGACACCAGGCCUCACACACCCGAACCACACGGUGACGGAGGAGGUGAUGGAGGAGGUGAUGGAGGUGAUGGAGGAGGUGAUGGUGGAGGUGAUGGAGGAGGUGAUGGAGGAGGUGAUGGAGGAGGUGAUGGAGGAGGAGAUGGAGGAGGUGAUGGAGGAGGUGAUGGAGGAGGUGAUGGAGGAGGUGAUGGAGGAGGUGAUGAGGAGGUGA